UUUGGGCUUACGUGCAAGCCACGGAGGCCCAUAUCCAUGGGCCAGAUUCGUUUUGCGCUAACAAAUUUACCCGCGACCUUCUCACCAUUCAGGCCAAGCUGCUGACCCCUAAAACCCUACUUCAACAGAAGCGAGAGCUCCGCGCUCAUAUAUAUUUUUCUCCUUUGGACUUCGGCCGGAACCAGCGACGCCACUUCUUACUCCUUGCCGCCGUCUCGUCGUUAGCCAUGGCCCCAAAAAGAGGUGCUAAACCCUCAGCAGCUGCAAAGAAGAAAUCUGAUAAGGUUGUCAAUCCAUUGUUUGAGAAAAGGCCAAAGCAAUUUGGAAUUGGUGGUGCUCUCCCUCCGAAGAGAGACUUGACUAGAUUUGUCAAGUGGCCUCAUGUUGUUCGUAUUCAAAGGCAAAGGAGGAUCCUGAAGCAACGAUUGAAGGUUCCCCCUGCUGUGAACCAGUUCACAAAAGCACUUGAUAAAAAUCUGGCCACUCAGCUGUUCAAGCUUUUGCUGAAGUAUCGCCCCGAGGACAAGGCUGCAAAGAAAGAGAGGCUCAUUAGCAAAGCACAAGCUGAAGCUGAAGGAAAGACUGUUGAGUCCAAGAAGCCCAUCGUUGUUAAGUAUGGACUUAACCACGUGACUUACCUUAUUGAGCAGGGUAAAGCCCAACUGGUGGUUAUUGCUCAUGAUGUUGAUCCAAUUGAGCUAGUUGUCUGGCUGCCUGCACUGUGCCGGAAGAUGGAGGUACCAUAUGCUAUCGUGAAGGGCAAGUCACGCCUUGGAGCGAUCGUCCACCAGAAGACGGCUGCAGCCUUGUGCCUUACAUCUGUGAAGAACGAGGACAAGAUGGAGUUCAGUAAGAUUCUGGAGGCAGUGAAGGCUAACUUCAAUGACAAGUUCGACGAGCACAGGAAGAAGUGGGGCGGUGGGAUCAUGGGAUCCAAGUCGCAGGCCAAGACCAAAGCCAAGGAGAGACUGUUGGCCAAGGAAGCUGCCCAAAGGAUGUCUUAAGUUAAUGCUCUUGAUAUAGCUGCUGGAUAUUGUCAAUUUUGGAGGAUUGUUUGCCAUUCCCCUUGAAGUUCGUUGCUUAGUGUACGGCCCAGCUGUGUUUCAUUUUCUCCUUUCGUUGUGAACCAGAUGGUUAGUACUAUGUAUGAUGAUGAGAGGAUAACGAUUGAAAGUGCUACUUUUGCUAAGAGAUGUUUCAAUGCAUGGUUCAUUUUCCUAUAUAGUGUAUGUUUACUGUUAUGGCUUUCAGGUGCAUUUGGGCCGUGGAUGGAAGCCCAUAAUUUCACCAACUGCGAGCUAGAUUAUUUGGGCCCCGUGAAGGGUUCAACUGAUCUGCUCAUUUCCCCCGCCAACCCCCAAAAGGGGUUAAUAGUAGGCCACAUUAGAGGAGUUGUUGAAGCGGUGUGGUCUCAUAUUGAUUGUAUAUGCGAAGAAUUGAUUUGGUUGGAUAGCAGGGUCUUUAACAACACCAAAUCGCCUAAACAAAUUAGUUGAGAAUUUGAACAAAAUGAAAUCAAUUAACCUAAUGUAU